AGCAAGACAGGCCGAGGUGUGUGACAGUAAGCAGGAGGCCACAAGAAGAGGAAGAGGAGGAGCAGCAGACGAGAGGCAGAGGCCGAGAAGGAGGAGAGAGAGGACCCACUUCGACCAUGCAGACGGCCAACCACAGCGCCGACCCGAAGAGGGCGGACAAAAUAAUCAGGUACAAGCCCCCAGCGCAGGGCACCCCAGGGGCUCCGGGUGAAGACCCCACCACCGACUACAUGAAUGUGUUGGGCAUGAUAUUCAGCAUGUGCGGACUCAUGAUGCGGCUCAAGUGGUGUGCCUGGGUGGCGCUGUAUUGCUCCUGUAUCAGCUUCGCCAACGCUCGGGUCAACGACGACACCAAACAAAUGCUAAGCAGCUUCAUGCUGUCCAUCUCUGCAGUGGUGAUGUCAUACCUCCAGAACCCCCAGCCCAUGACUCCACCCUGGUCCAAUAUAUGAGGCUUUAACACAGCAUGUAAAGUUAGAAAAUGUCUCUCCCUUUAUUUUUUUCAGUAAUGUAUGUGAUGUAUGACUUUUAUAUUGCUGGACAUUUUAUUUAAUGAUGAAUGGAUGACUAGAAAGAUCUUUUUCAGUAUUAAAAAUGUCUCCCCUUUUA